ACCGAGAAUCAUUGUAGCGGAGGCUUUAUGUUUCGAUUGCGAACACGACGCAGAGUCGCAGACGGCUUCUGUCAGCGAGGUGGGAAACGAAGGCCUUGCUCUUAUGUUUUGCAUUUUCGCGAACGCGCUGGUAGACAAGUGUUGCGUCCGAACCUGUGGACUUGAAUUGAACUCUCACACACGCACGCACAGAGGGGUCUCCUAUUAUGAGAUGGCAGAGUUUCUGCAAAAUUAACGGGGCAUCAUCUGUUGGUUCCAGCAUGCAUUUAUUGCCGUUGCAGUGAAAUGUGUUUGGUGGGAAAUGCAUGGCGAGAAAAGAUUUUUCAUUGAAUCUGGACGUUGAAGGCCUACUGUCUCAAUGGAAAACUUUCCUCUGCGCAUAUUAGUGAGCAGUGUUUAGAUGAUACAGGGUGCAUUCCAGCAGGAGACUCAGAUUGACAUGGACAAUGGUGACAGGACCAACUGAGCAUGGGAUGCAGGCUGACGUUAUAUUUGUCAUCGAGGGAACGGCCUCCAACGGCGCGUACCUCAAUGAUCUCAAAACGAAUUACGUUAUUCCAACGUUGGAAUACUUCAGUCAAGGUGGCAUAGAAGACAGGGAAUACGUCUCUGAGAACAGCACGACUCUGUACGGAAUAGUUGUCUAUCAUGCUGCCGAUUGCUUGCCGUCGCCGUGCACGGAGACUUUUGGACCUUAUUCCAAUCCCCACAAGCUACUGAUGGUUCUGGACAAGCUCGAAACGAUCGGCGGAAAGGGCGAAUUCUUUGCCAACAUAGGCGAGGGUCUUGCCACAGGAUUACUAUGUUUCGAGGACUUGCAGCUGAGACGGGAGCCAAGCACCGCUUCGCAGAAACAUUGUAUUUUGAUAUGUAAUUCGCCGCCGUAUCAAACUAUGAUUCAGGAAACCUACAAGUUCGCCGGUCACACCAUCGAGCAAUUGGCUGCCCUUUAUCAAGAGAGGAACAUCAACAUCUCUAUAUUAUCGCCGAGGAAAAUUUCGGCAUUGUAUAAGCUGUUCGAGAAAGCUGGCGGCGAUUUGCAGUCCUCGCAAACGAAGAACUACGCCAAAGACCCGCGGCACCUGGUGCUCCUGAGAAAUUACAAUCUGAAGGAGCGACCGGUCAGCCCCCAAAUGAGCGGUAACGUUCACAACACCACGGCCACCGCGGCGCAGAUACCGCUUAGCCCGUUGCAGAGCAACGACAGUCCGAAUACUAAUCAGGUGCAGCAGAACAUCGCCCCGCCGAAUCAGCAGCAGGGUCCUCCGUUCAGAAACCAAGCCCCACCUCAGAACAUCCCCUCUGUCCAUCAGACCGUAACGCCGUCCAUGGCGGCGCCGAUGAACGCCGCGCGGCCGCCUUACAAUCCUCAGAUAGCCGCGCCGCCGAGCUACCAUCCGGGAGGAGUGAACUUAGCUACGAGGCCCAGAGCGUGGAUGCGGCCGUUCAUAGCGCCGGGCGCGACCGCGCCCGCAAAUACGCAAGGCAGUGCGCUGAUAGCACAAUUGACGCAACCGCCUUCGUCGUUGGGGCUCAACGUAGCUGCGUUUAGUCAACGAUUGGAUGUAGCUGGAAAUAACGUUAUGGCGGCUAAUCAGCAACAACAGCAGCAACUCACGCCGCAGCAGCAGCAGCAACUGCGCUUGACAAUGCUGCAGCAGCAGCAGCAGCAGCAACAGCAGCAGCAACAGCAGCAGCAGCAGCAACAGCAAAGUGUCCAACAGGUUACCAUGUCUAUGGCUGCUCAGUCGACUCACAGCCAACCGGGAUCGCAACUCGCCACAUCUUGUAUUAGCCAGUCUGUGCCCACUCAAGUGCCACAGACUGUCGCAGCUUCGCAGCAAGCACCUGUCUCGGUAUCUUCCAUCACGCAACAGAUUACUCAUCCUCAGGCCCAAGGCAACGUUUCUACUGGUACAGUACAAAAUCAAGUACAAAUUGUGCAGCCGCGCGAGCGACAGAACAUCUGGCAGGGUAUCGUGGAAUGGAUCGAAAAGGCCAAAAAUCCGACGGACGCGCAAAAGCAAACGAGACACGUGCCGUGUCAGGUUUUGGCUAAUGCGAAAGACGGGGAUCCAGAAUUGAAAGCGGAUACAUGGCCGCCGAAGCUGAUAAUGCAAUUGAUGCCGAAGCAAUUGAUAGGGAGUAUCGGUGGUACCUAUCUAAAGAAUUCCAAGUCCGUUGUAUUUCACCCGACGCCGUGUGAAGCAUUGGAAUCUUUAACAAAAAUGAUGACUGCUGGAUUUGCAGGUUGUGUCCACUUCACUUCUGCAUCGUCAAGUCCAGCUUGCGAGAUAAAAGUACUUAUACUUUUAUAUACUGCCGAUAAGAAGACAUAUCUUGGUUUCAUUCCAAACGACCAAACAGCUUUUGUAGAUCGACUUCGUAAGGUUAUACAGCAGCAGAAAACGUCUCAAAACGCCUCCGUGAGACAGGCUAAUCCUGGACCGGGCAAUGCGAUUCCCGCACCCAUGCCUACCACAGGCACGCAGGGGGGUAUUCUUAUGUCGCAAACAAAUACUAUGGCGAUGGGAGGUGGCCAGAUAACGCAGAAUGUCGUGUCCACCGCUCCGCCGCAAACUUUAACUUCGACCAGCGGCCCGCAGACCCAAAUGAAUAUGCAGAAUAGCGGAAUUAGCGGCCCGCAAGCGAAUGCUGGUGCCGGAGGUAUGAUCGGUCAGCAACGGCCACCGUUUGACGACCUAGAGAUGGCCAGGCAUCAAAAUUUGCUCAAGAUUCAACAUCUGAGGCAAACGUUGGAAGCCGCGCAACAACAAGAGGCGCAGUAUAAAUCUCAACUGGAAGUAAACAUUCAACAAAAUCUAGAAGUCGCGCAGCAGCAAGAAAUGCAGUACAAGCAGCAGCUUGAGGCGCAACAGGCACAGAGAGGACUCACUCAGGCCGCUAUGGCUAACCAACAGGCGGGCGCUCAAAGAUUGAUGCGCCCAGUUUCCACCAAUAAUCUUGGUCUCAGACAUCUGUUACAGCAGCCACAGCCUCAGUAUAGCGUUCGUCAAGUGUUUGGAGUGCAACAGCAAAUGGUAGGUCCGAGAGGGCAGUUAGCAGCGAGACCGAUGGCACCUGGUAAUACACAAAAUCAGCAAUUUGACGACGUGUCGAGUUACGACUUCCUCGGUUGAGCGUCGCGGACAGGCGUUUAAUUUCGUCGGUACACACACGCGUGCCCACGUACGAGUGUUUAAAAGGAAGUAUACGAGAGCAUAAUGAUUUUAACUUUGUAUAUUUAUGCGAAUAAAUAAUACUUGUACAUACGGAACAGUAUAUGCGUGAAAUGCGUACGUCACGUACUAUAAAGUAUUAAAUUAAAAAAAAGUGUA